AUGGUCAGGGAAAUUAUUUCCACAGAAAGGGUAUUUGAACAAAUAACAAAGAUAAGUGAAGGUGAAAAUAACACAAGUAUUUGGGCAAAGAUAACCCCAAGCCGAAUGAAUAAUAAGGGCAAAGGCCUUGAGGUACUAGUGUUCUGGGUAGGUCAAAAUCCAGCCAGAGCACCAGUGAUGCUAGAAGUGAGUGAGCAAUUACCAGGAACCUCAGCAAGUGGGACCAAACGGAAGAGAUCUAUGAAAGAAGGCAAAGCUUCCUGUUCAGAAAAGACGGCACAAAAGAGUACAAGAGUAAGAAUUCGGAAGAAAAUCCUAGUUCCUCCAUUACCUUCGAAACUGCCACCAGCCAACUUGCUUCACUGAGACAUCCUGCGGGCUUGGUGCCAAGAACUCAAGCUGAGCACCAAAGGCCAGAAAUUAGAUGUAUAUAAGCGAAUCUGUGAAUAUGCUUACCCAGAUCAAAAGAAGAACAUUCCUGUCACCGCAGAAGAGGCCAAGAUUCUCACCCAGACACAGAGAAGGUUAAUGAUGGACAAGGGGGAAAUGUCUCUGGAAAGUCUUAGAACAAAGAUACCUUCUGAUGGAACCUACCCUCCUGAAGUGGCUGCCCCCCUCCCCGCCCUGAGGGGUCUGAUGCUCUCCUGGGGGGUGGUCAAUACUGUUGUUGUGACCACUUUGGCCCCAGAUUCCAUGUUUGCCUCCUGGUCCAGAAUUGCAGCCAGGGCUGGGAAGAUGGAGACAGUGGCAUCGCCACAGGAGGCCCACGGUGCCAAGUGGUGUGUGGUCCAUGGGAGAAGUAUGCCUGCAGAUACAGAAGGUUGGGUUCACCUGCAAUUUCAUGCAGGACAAGCCUGGGUGCCUGAAAAGUGGGGGAGAGUAUGCACCCUCUUCUUGCUCCCCGCUUGUAACUUUCCACCCCCACAGCUGGAGGACAAUAUGCUGUGUCCCACAUGUGUUCGCAGGAAUAAGGUGUUAAUGAAAAGUCUCCAAUGA